UAUUGGCUAUUGCAAAUUAAUGAUAAAGCAUUCUCACUCGUUAUGUCACUCUCUUUGACCCCAUUCUUGCUCUAAUUGGACUUGGAUUUUACCAACAGCGUCUCUUUAUUCACAGUUCUUGGCAAUAAUUCUCAGUUUCUAUGCAUAGCACAGAACAACAAGGAGUGGACGAUUCCUGCAGUCAUAUCUAACAUCUUAGGUGGCCUUGUGCUAUAAAAAUUCAAGAACUAUGCAAAACAUGUCUCAACAGGAUGAGGGUUGGCCUCUGGGUUUACUGCAGCCAGCGAAUGCAAGGAUUGAAUUGGUCAGAAACAGUGACAAUGCGGGGUCAAUAUCAUUCAACACCUUACUCACUCGUUCUCCAUCUUCUUCUACAGAUUCUUCAUCAGAUUUAGACACUGAGUCAACGGGGUCUUUUUUUCCGGACCAAAGUACCACACUUGGGAGCCUUAUGGGUAUCUCUAGCAUUGUAGAGCUGUCUAGAAGAUCACUAAGAGGAACUAAGACAGAACUAUUAAAGAGUAAAAAGAAAAUGUUCAAUUUCAGCUCAUGGUUAUUCUGUUUGGGCUCAAGGAGUAAAAUUACUGAAGCUGAGAGCCAAAAAUAUAAUCCACCAUCUCUUGGUCAAUUUCUUGCUGUGGAAAGAAGAGCUGCUAGUGAAAAUAGAAGGAAGCAAAGCCUAUCCAUUUACGACCCUCAUGAUGAGCUUGCAUUGGCUGAGCUAAAUUCAUUAUUUAUGAAUGGCACCAUUGCUCCCCCUCACUCCAUAAGUCCAAGGCAGAGUAUUGGAACAGAGAGAGAAAACAUGGAAUUAAGACAACACAGCAAAGGGUUUGGUUUACUUGCGGAGCUGUUUUCAUGCAUGUGUGGACAAGAUGGCUUAUUAGCUAACUUCUAAUUAUGAUUUGGCAUCAACAUCAGUCAUUUUUUUUCUUCGCAUCUUUAUAUGUUACAUUUGUUUCAAAGUUAACGUUAGAUGUAAGUGAAAUGAGUAUGUAUCCAAAAUAAUUUUAGUUAUGAUUUUA